CAAGGCGAGGGAUGCUGCUUUCGAGGGGCUGAGGCUCAGACACUCGUCCAGAUCGCAGAUCGCUCCCCGACACCAUCGCAGCGCCGGCCCUGCCCGGGCUGGAGCGAGCAGAGGGAAAGCCGCCGAGUGCACGGCAGGAAGGUGAAUAAACUCAACUGAGAAUGUCUGAAAACCUUGACAAGUCCAGUUUAAAGGAAGCAGGACCAUCAAGAUCAGAGGAUUCUGAGACAGGCCUUGAAGAUGCAGUGGGAGGUUCUGAUGAAGCUUUACAGAAAACCAAAAAUUCAGGCUCACCCAACACCCAAAGAGUGCAAAGACCUCAUUCCAGUCCUCCUCGAUUUGUGACUGUAGAAGAACUUCUAGAGACAGUGAAAGGAGUGACUAACAUGGCACUCGCCCAUGAAAUUGUAUUAAAUGGAGAUUUCCAGAUUAAAGCAGUUGACUUACCAGAAAACAGCUUAAAGAAGAGAGUGAAGGAUAUUGUACAUAAAGCGUUUUGGGAUUGCUUGAGUAGCCAGCUAAGUGAAGACCCCCCCCUUUAUGACCAUGCCAUCAAACUUGUUGGAGAGAUCAAAGAGACUCUCUUAUCUUUCUUGCUGCCUGGCCACACUAGACUGAGAAACCAGAUUCCAGAAGUCUUGGAUCUGGAUCUGAUAAAGCAGGAGGCUGAGAAUGGGGCGUUGGACAUUUCCAAGUUGGCAGAAUUUAUUAUCGGCAUGAUGGGGACACUGUGUGCACCUGUUCGAGAUGAGGAAGUUAAUAAACUAAAGGACAUUAAGGAAAUAGUACCCCUUUUCAGAGCAAUUUUUUCUGUGUUGGACCUGAUGAAAGUGGACAUGGUGAACUUUGCUGUCAGUAGCAUUAGGCCACAUCUCAUGCAGCAGUCAGUAGAAUAUGAAAGAACAAAGUUUCAAGAGUUUUUAGAGAAGCAGCCAAAUGCCUUGGACUUUGUCACCCAGUGGCUAGAAGAAGCCGCAGAUGACCUCAUGAAUCAGAAGUAUAAAAAUUCCCUGCCAGCUGCGGGAGGGGCUGCUGACUCCAGGGAUGCUCCAUCACCCAGUCCUGCCACUGUCCAGAACUAUGCGUACCUCAAGCUUCUGAAAUGGGACCAUGUCCAAAGACCCUUCCCGGAAACCGUUGUGAUGGAUCAGCCUCGCUUCCAAGAGUUCCAGUUCCAGCUGGAGCACCUGAGCCUCCUGGGCUCUGUGUUGCUGGUCACCUUCAGCAUGGCGGGCCCAGGGAUUUCCAGCCAGGCCAAUUUCGCCGAGAAACUCAAGAUGAUCGUGAAGAUUCUGCUCACAGACAUGCACCUGCCCUCCUUCCAUCUACAGGAUGCCUUGACCACAAUCGGGGAGAAAGUCUGCCUUGAGGUGAGCAGCUACCUUUCCCUGUGUGGGUUCAGCCCCUUCACCCCGGACAAGGAGACGGCGCUCAAGGGUCAGAUCCAAGCUGUGGCCAGUCCCGACGACUCUGUCCGCAGGAUCAUGGAUUCCCGAAUCCUGACCUUCCUAGAAACCUACCUGGCCUCUGGUCACCGGAAAUCUCUGCCCUCAGUACCUGGGGGCUUGGGUCCCAUUCAGAAAGAGCUGGAGGAUGUUGCUAUUAACUUUGUUCGCCUGGUCAACUACAACAAGAUGGUCUUCAGCCCCUACUACGACGCAAUCCUCAGCAAGAUCCUUGCCAGCUCUUGACACGCGUGUUCCCUGCCGCUGCUAUAUUACUCAGUUCCAAGCACCCAGUUCUCAACUCAGUGUUGCUUCGGAAAAUGGCUCCUUCGUUCAUUUCUCUUUAGCAGCACGGAUUCCACAGGGAAGAUUUGCAGAUCACUGUCGCAAAGACUUGCUGAAAAAAUGUA